GCCCGGCCCCGCCGAGCCGCGCAGUCCCGGCCGCCCCCCGGCAGCCAUGGGGCCGCGGUGGCUCCCGCUGCUGGCGGUGACCAUCGCCGUGGCCCAGGCGGCGACCUUUCUAUCCCAGCAAUAUGCCUCUCAGUUCCUGCUGCGGAAACGUCGAGCCAACUCCUUUUUGGAAGAAAGCAAGAAAGGAAAUCUAGAGAGAGAAUGCAUUGAAGAAUUGUGCAAUAAGGAAGAAGCCAGGGAAGUCUUUGAAAACAAUCCUGAAACUGAGUAUUUUUAUCCCAAAUAUUUAGACUGCCUUGCCUCCCAUCGAGCUGGGGUGUUCAGGGUUGCUGCGGUUACUCCCGAUUCUCCAGCUGACCUGAGGGACUGUGUCAAGGAAAUUUCCAACCAGUGCAGCCCCCUGCCCUGCCAUAAAGAUGGAUAUAAGGAUUGCGUAGAUGGACAAGGCAAAUACACCUGUGUCUGCAAACCGGGGUGGAGAGGAGAGAACUGUGAAGAAGAUAUAAAUGAGUGUGAAGACUUAAAUGGAGGUUGUAGCCAACGCUGUGCCAAUUUACCCGGGAGCUACCGCUGCUUGUGUGAAGAUGGAUACUUCAUGCGCCCCAACAAAUGGGAUUGUGCAGAUAUAAAUGAGUGUGUGCUACAUCCAAACAUCUGUGGGACAGCCAUCUGUAAAAACACCCAGGGAAAAUAUGAAUGUGAAUGUGCAGAGGGCUACGCAUACAAUUCAACUUCCAAGAGCUGUGAAGAUAUCGAUGAAUGUGCUGAAAAUAAUUGUGCUCAGCUCUGUGUAAACUCUCCAGGAAGUUACAGCUGCUACUGUGAUGGCAAGAAAGGGUUCAAGCUCUCCAAGGACAUGAAGAACUGUGAGUCUAUUACUGAGUGUAUCCCACUGAACCUCGAAAAGAAUUAUGAACUCCUUUACCUGGCAGAGCAAUUCAUUGGAAUUCCCGUCCUCUACCUAAAGUUUAAAUUGCCUAAUGUCACAAGAUUUACAGCAGAGUUUGAUUUCCGGACAUAUGAUGCAGAGGGAGUUAUCCUGUAUGCAGAAUCCUUUGACAGUUCAGCAUGGAUAUUGCUGGCUCUUCGUGAUGGCAAGAUUGAAAUUCAGUUCAAGAAUGAAUUUGGAACAAAACUCACCAGUGGAGGCAAAGCCAUUAAUGAUGGGCUGUGGCAUAUAAUAUCAGUUGAAGAACUGGAGCACAGCAUCAGUGUGAAAAUAGCCAAAGAAGCUGUGAUGAGUAUUAACAGCCCAGGAACUCUUUUUAAGCAGUCCCAGGGUUUCUUGGAGACUAAGAUGUACAUUGCAGGAUUGCCUCGCAAAGUGGGUGAUGCUCUUGUUAAACAGAUUAACCCUCGAUUAGAUGGCUGUAUUCGUGCCUGGAACCUGAUGAAUCAGGGACAUUCAGGUGUAAAAGAAGUUAUUCAAGAGAAACAAAGCAAACACUGUUUAGUGUCAGUGGAGAGAGGAUCCUUCUACCCUGGCACUGGGAUGGCAGCAUUUCAGAUAAACUACAAUAACCCUGACAGUGCUGAAGAUUGGCUAAUAAAUGUGACUCUGAGUAUUCGCUCAUCCACAGACACUGGUGUUAUGUUUGCCUUGGUUUCUAAUGAAACAGUGCCUCUUGCAUUGUCCAUAGUGGACUCUAACUCCUCUGACUCACAGAAAAUCGCUGUGACCAUUGGAAGCAUCACCGUUAAACAUCUGGAAUCAAAGAAGUUAUGUACCCCCAGGAGGGUGCAGGUUGGACUUUUAGUAACCAAAGAGGAACUUAAGCUGUCUGUGGAUUCACACACAGACAGAAGCAGUUCAGAGCACCUGUCUGUCCUGAGCCAAGCCAUGAUGGCAAAUGUUGUCACUUACUUGGGUGGGCUGCCAGAUGUUCCUCCGGGUGCUACACCAGUGACUGCUUUCUAUAAUGGCUGCAUGGAGGUGAAGGUCAACAACAGGCAGCUGGACCUGGAUGAAGCCAUUUCCAAACACAACGACAUCAGAUCUCACUCGUGCCCGCUGAUCAUGCAGUAACGGUUCAGAUAUUAAUUUAACUUCUUUUUUUUUUUUCCUUUCAGAUAUAAUUUGUGUAAUUAGUCUCAUGCUGUAAUGAAGCCUGCAUUGUUUCAUGCAAGAUAUGCCAGGAAAUAGUCAGUGUUUUUCCUCCUUUUUGUAUAGAAUGGAGGAAAAAUCCCCUCUCUGUUCAAAGAGACAAUCAAGAUGAAAAUUCUGUAAAAUGUUCCUUUUUUCAUAUCAGUGGUAGAUUUUAAAGCCAAAUUCAUCUUUCACAUUCGUACUAUGUCCUUGGCAUAUUUAGCCUGGAGAGAAGGCUUGGGAAUUUCUGUUUAGAAACAAUUUUACUUUUCAUUUUUCAUGUAUCAGCACAAAGUUACCAGUUGAAAAUCAUUUCAGU